CUCUUCGCCUCCCGCCAGCCCGGGCUCGGGCUUUGCACCCGGCGGCGUCUGAGAACGGUGGCGGGUGCUGAGCCGGCAGCGCAGGCGGGCGGAGCGGAGCUGCCUGGCCCGGUGGCGGGCGAUGCCCCCGUGAACCUCUCUCGUCGCCCCUCCCCGCCCCGCGUCCCUACCCUCUCAAAGUCCGCGCCCGCCAGGGGCCGGGCCGCGCCUACCGCCGGGUCCGCGGGGCGGGGUCCUGGGGAACACCUGCCCCGCCUUGCGGAGCUGCCACGGCCUGCGGAGCCCCUUGCCUGUCUGGACUCCGGCCCCACCUCGGGGGUUGCCUGAAGAUCUCCUGUGCUUGGGAUCAUGUUUAACGGGGAGCCAGGUCCAGCCUCGGCUGGAGCCUCCAGGAAUGUGGUGCGGAGCUCCAGUAUCAGUGGCGAAAUCUGUGGAUCCCAGCAACCUGGGGGUGGGACCGGGACCACCACUGCCAAGAAGCGGCGGAGCAGCCUGGGUGCCAAGAUGGUGGCCAUCGUGGGCCUGACCCAGUGGAGCAAGAGCACACUCCAGCUUCCCCAGCCAGAAGGGGCCACCAAGAAGCUGCGCAGCAACAUCCGACGGAGCACAGAGACCGGCAUUGCUGUGGAGAUGCGAAGUCGCGUCACACGCCAGGGCAGCCGGGAGUCCACUGAUGGGAGCACCAACAGCAACAGCUCCGAUGGCACGUUCAUCUUCCCCACCACCCGGCUGGGAGCUGAAAGCCAGUUCAGUGACUUCCUGGAUGGGCUGGGACCAGCCCAAAUUGUGGGGCGACAGACGCUGGCAACACCCCCCAUGGGAGAUGUGCACAUUGCCAUCAUGGACCGGGGUGGCCAGCUGGAAGUGGAAGUGAUUGAAGCUCGGGGCCUGACCCCCAAACCAGGCUCCAAAUCUCUCCCAGCUACCUAUAUCAAGGCUUAUCUGCUUGAGAAUGGGGCCUGCUUGGCCAAGAAGAAGACAAAGGUGGCUAAGAAGACCUGUGAUCCCCUGUACCAGCAGGCUCUGCUUUUUGAUGAGGGGCCCCAGGGCAAGGUGCUGCAGGUGAUCGUCUGGGGAGACUAUGGACGCAUGGACCACAAGUGUUUCAUGGGUAUGGCCCAGAUCAUGCUGGAUGAACUGGACCUGAGCGCUGCGGUUACCGGCUGGUACAAACUCUUCCCCACCUCCUCCGUGGCAGACUCCACGCUCGGAUCCCUCACCAGGCGCCUGUCCCAGUCCUCCUUGGAGAGUGCCACCAGCCCUUCCUGCUCCUAAGAACCUUGCUCAGGACCAGAGGCCGGGUGGUGGUGUGAGAAGGGGGCCUGCUGGCCUCUACCUCCCCUGUACAUAGUCUCCAUCUCUUUCUGGACCCCUUGCCCUGCUGCAUGCCUGUUGGCUACUGGGCUUGUCCCAGCUGGCAGUGGAGGUGUGUGUGUGUGUGUCUAUUUGUGUGUAUGUGUGUGUGACUACUUUUUAUGUAUUCAUUUGUCUGGGUACAGUCAGUCCUGGUGACACAUGGGCUGGAAUCCAUGUCUCUUUGUAUCUUGUUGAAAAGAAACCCAAAGGAGUAUUGUGUGGAUGUGACUUGCCCUGAGGAAUCUCUAGGGGUGGAAGUGGGGGAUGAGGCCACUGGCCUAUCCUGCCUCUCCCUGUCCCUGUGGCAGAGCCUGUGCCCCCCGCCCCUUGGUGGUCUCUGCUUGGUUCUGUCUUGUCUUUUGUUUCACCCUUUGCCUCUCCCAGCAUUGCUGCUCUUUUUUGAGGAAUGUAGCAUCCACUGCAGUGGGCCACACUGGGCUCCUCUGGGAACCCCCCGCCUCUGUCCCUCUCCCCACCUGAGCUGCUCCAGCAGCUCUCUCCACCAAACGCAUCCUGCAGCACGUAGCAUGCUCACUUAGUGCCCUGGCCAGAGCCCCAGGGAGGCAGAAGGUGCCUGGGGAAUAGAGGGCUUUGAGAUUGCUUUCCCCUGAGGCUAGAACCACCUGCUUCCUACCAGCUAGCAUGAGGAGGUCUUCGCUCCUGGGUGCUGGCCAGGUCCCCUAGAGGGUAGGGCCAGGGUGCUUCCCUCAGCAUUUGUUCAAGGCCUUUUCUCCCUCCCAGCCACCUCCAACAAGCCAAAGGAGCUCUCCCAGGGGGCCCAGGAGGUCAGCCUCAGUGGCAUGUCAUCUGCCAAAGCAGACAGUCUCCCCACCCCCAGGCCCAGACAUUGGUCCUAUCCCAUUCUGGGCUUGUCCCUAGUGGGACCUGGCUUGUUAAGAGGUGCUGAGGGCAUGGCUGUUUGCUGGAAUCAGGAGGGCUGAGGCUGACUUGUUCUGAGCCACUUUUGGGAAUACUGUCUGACCUUUGGGGAUGAACUACAUGAAGCUGACUACCUGGAGCUCUAGUCCUUGCUUAUUUCCAGACCAGGGUCCCUGACACACACACACACUUGGACUCUAGCCUCCUGGCUCUAUGAGUAGCCUGGCUCUGGACUCUAAUCUGCAGUCACCAGCUCUGUACAAGCAAUACUUAACCCCUCUUGGCCUCCCUGCCGUCUUGCACAAUCCUGCUGCCCUCCAGGAAGUGGCCUGCUCUGGGCACCCCAAAUGCCUCUGCUUUAUUUCUCAUCCUUGUCUAGUUGGGACUUUUCUCCCAGCCACUUAGACCCUGACUCGAUUUGACAGCUGGAACCUAUUUUGUGGGGGAACCACUGCCUGGUCAGCACCCUGUGAGAGGUCUGCUGGGAAUCCUUAAGUCUGGCUUGGAAAUGUCACACGUGUCCCUCUUCCUCCUCAGUCUAGGGUGAAGGGUGUGAGGCAGCCCUGGGUUCAUGUCUAGGAGGGAGGGAAGAGGUGGCAGGAGGGGUCAGGACAUGGGGAAGGCUGUCUGCCUCUUCCCCAGUCCUCAUCCUCAAGUGCUAACAUCUAGCCCAAGUGCCUGGGGCAGGAAGAACUGCCUGGGGUUGCAGGGCUGAGGUCUCGGGGAUGAUUGCCUUCAUACCAAAGCUGGAGGGGGUAUAGGGACCAUCUCAGUCCAGAGGACCUCCUUGUCUAGCAAGAAUCUUCACUGAGCUGAAGUCAGAGUCCUGUAACCUCCCUCCCAAGAAAACAAGGGGAAACUAGGAUCCCCUUCCCACAGACAAAAAGGUAAGGGUGGGAGAAAAAUGAACAAAAUUGGCUUCUGUCUCCUCCUGAGUCUGUUAUUGCAUAUUCAGAGAAGAGAUCCUUGUGUGCAGAGGGUGAGAAGGUGGAUGGACUAUUGCCUCUUUAGGCAGAAGCACUCUCCUCAGUCCUGCUUGAACUGGAAAUACAUGUAUUUCCCAUGUUCCUAAAAAUGGGACAAAGGAUUCUGUACUCUUUGACCCCAGUGGGGACAGGGUAGGGAGGAAACUCUUGCAAAAGGAUAUUUUUGCCUCCUGUUUGGGGUGUAUUCACCUCUAGAACAGUCACCCUCUGGAUGGUGUGAAAAUACACCUUUGGAGUGGGGGGAAGUAUUAGUGACCCAUGGAUGGCACAGACAUUUUCUGAUAAGGCACAAAGGCACCCCCAGGAAAUGGUAUCUGUCAAUAUCCUCAUGCUUCUAGGUGUCCUGGGUGGCACUGGGAGAAGGGAUUGCUGCCAGCAGUGAGGCUGCCCUUGUAGCUCUAGGUCUUGGCUCCCCUUACCUCUGAAGAGGAUCAGCAUAGGGAGAGGAGCCUGAUAUGCUGGUAACUUAGGCUGACUGCCUACAAUUCCUGGCUGUCAGUACUGCACAGGAGUGGGGCCACUCUGCUAUUCCACCUCUCUAAUGAUAGGCUGUUCUCUACAAAUUGACCUUGGGGAAUUCUUAACACUUCCACAAAUAAGUUACUGGAGUCCCCCCACAAGGAUGAGGCUGACAUGCAAACAUAGUGGAGAGUGGCUGCAUUAGGGUCUGUUCCUCAGAGUUCUGGAUGCACAUUUUGCCUGAGAAACCACUGGAGCUAGCCUGUCCUACAAGAGGAGCAUGCACAAGUAUGACUCCUGGCCUACUCUGGGCUGGAAGAGACCUACCUUCUGAGGAGGAGAUGGUGAGGAAGGAAGGAACAUGAUCCUUCUGAGGUCUCCCUACCAUGGAGCCAACUCAGCUGCUCCCGCACUCCAAAUGAAACCUGGCAGUGGUUACAAGAGAGGGCUGUCAUUCCAUGUCCUCUGGUUGGGUGGGGUUCAAUUGAGGAUGUGGCAGAGACAGGAGUGGCCCUGCAGUGAUGCUGGGCUGUGGUUGGGGACAGUGAUGGAUGAUUCAGAGCAUCUGUCUUCAUAUUUCUGCUCUGCUCAGUGUCCUACUUUCUUCAUGGACUCCUUCCCUUCAGGAAGUCUGCGAUGGGCCUUUGGUAAGAAGCAGGCUCCAGUAAGAGGGCCAAGUCCUGGUUCGACAAGGAGGAUUUGAUCCUUCAGGGAAGAACAUCUCCAAAAGUACUCUCCAUCCAGUCUCUUCUUCUACCCAGUUCUGCUAGGAAAGGAGCACUUAGGUCUUGGGAUUGCAGGUCCCAGUAAAUGCCAGCAUUCUGUGUGGCUGAGGCAGAACCUAGAAGAGCUUCAGGGAGAGCAUCUGAAUCACUCCUCUCUCAUGGAAUCACUGCUGGUUGGAGCACUAAGGUCAAGCCAGCUCUCCCAGAGGCCUGACUCCCACACCAGGGAAGCAUGCCUAAGCUCUUCUUCACUGCCAGCCUUGAGGAGAACAGAAGCCUCCGUUUUUAAAGACAAUAGAGCCCACCAAGGGCACUUCUUUGGAAAUGAAAUGUAGCACAAUCCUAAACUGCGAUACCAGAAGCCCUGACAUGCAUCUUGGGGCUGUACUCCAGGCCCUGCUGCCCAGGAGAUGUGGAGCUCCUCUUCCCCGGGACCCUAGGGCUCCUAAUACCUCAUGUUCCCCUUUGCCCUUGGCCCAGAAAGCAGCAGGUCUUUGGUAAGGCUGCUCUUCUGUGAUUCCCUGAUUGCUUCUAGCACUGUGCAAACUCUGCAAGAAACUGCUGCCUUUGCCUGAGGUAGAUGAGCUGCUUCUCACCAGAGUGGCAAGAGGUUUGGCCCUUUCUUCAGGGCAGAAGGUUGUUGGGCAGUAUUUCUGCAGUGGCUACAGGGAGGUGGAAAAGAAAAGGCCUGCUUCCCUGCCUCCUUUUUCUUCCUCUCCUCAGAGGUGACUUCUCCAAUGUCCUGACAGGUAGAGAGAUUCUUUAAAAUGCUGCUUCCUCUGCUGGACUGUCUUUCACAGGAUGAUCAGGGAGGAGAUGGAAAUGCAGACUCAUCCCCUGCUUUCUCCCUCCAGUCUGCUUCUCACCCAGGUCAGAAGAGACUGGGACAAAACAAAAUAAUCAUGCUGGAAGAGCAGGGGAGCCACCAAUCAGGUGUGCCCUGAUGGUGGCUGGAUUGGCCUGGUACAGCUUGGAAAGGUUUAUUUUGAAAGAGUGCCUGAGCAUCUCAGAGCAAUGUCAGUGAUGCCAAAGAGAGCAACUUGGCCUCCUUGGGCACCAACUCUGUUGGUGGAGCUGCACAAAUGCAGCUCAGAUGUUGGCAUGCCCAAGCAUGAGACCUUGUUCUCUGACAAAGGGCUUAAUCUUUCCAUGUAGCAAAGCAACUCCCCCUCCCCCCAACCCCAAGCUUGGGCUUCUGCAGGCCCAGGAUGGCUGUGCCUGUGAAGGAAGCCACAUCAGCAAGAGGAACUUGCAUUUUCCAGGGUCCUAGAAUGGCUUGGGGAAGAUGCUUGUUGAAAAGCAUGAAUGUUAUUGCUUCAGAGAAAACUUCCAGGGCUCUGGCUGGAAACCUGGCCAGCAAGGACAGGGCCUUGCCCCCCCCCCAAGGAGUUUGCAUCAUACCAGGAAGGGUCCCUGAGGUUGGGUUCCAGACCACUUGGCUAACAGAAAAAGGGCCUUGGAAUUCCAGAGACAACUGUACUUUUCCUCUAUUAGCCAAUGACCUGGACAGGGACAGCUGCUCUACACCAUUUUGCCAGAAGCUGUGACCUUGUUUGAGACUCCUCACUUCUCUGGACCUCAGCUUCCUCAUCUGCAAAAUCACAGCCUCAGCUAGUUGGAGCUAGCUGUGGAGGGUUGCAAGCCUGGUGCACCUGGUUUCAUCCAGCCUCUGGUGCCCAAGCUGGGCACAGUCCUGAUCCUGUCCAUGCCCAGAUGCUGCUUCUGACAAGAACUCUGGGAACCCUAACACACUCUGCUUUCACCUCUUUGUGGUUUGCACUCCCUCCUUUACUCUUGUGUCAUGGUGAAAAAUUUUUUAAGGGUUGUCUACAACGGAGAGUUUUCAAGGGGCUGGUGUGGUGUCACCACUUCAGUUGCAUCUUGAAUAAGUCAGUGUCCCCAUGAGCAGGUGAGGCUGGGUCACCCUCACUUCUGCUUCUAGAAGAUAUCAGUGGGGAGAGCUGAAGACCUCAGAGUUUUAAAGGAAAUACUCUUGGAUGGGAGGAGAGAGGGAACUUAUUUCCCUUCUAUUUUGCUUUUUAAAACCACUCCUCCCUCCAAGAUGUCUUUUACCAGACAUCAUCUCAGAAAGCAGAGUGGCUACAUCCUUAAGGAAAGGGCCAAGAGUUCUCUCAACUCCUUUAGCAUUUAAACUCACGGAAGGCAGGAACCCCUUUUUUUAGAAUCUCCAAAUGCACCCUGCAAAGAGAGAUAGCUGUUAGGGACUGACAAGCACACUGUUUAGAUAAGAAGCAAUUUGCCUUUUAUAUCUGUGCUCUAUACAUUUUCUAUGUGCAGCAUCUUUCCAAACGUGUGGUUCCUGGGUGGCAGGUGGACAGCUGGGAGGGACUGCCAGCUGUUUUGUACGAUUUUCUUGCCAAUUCUCUCGAGGAAAAAAAUUCUUCACAUGGCUUCUGCAUGUACAGUAUUUGGGCAGCAAAAAAAAUUAUUAAAGUCCAUUUGAAAUUG